UUGUGUACACACGUGCGAAAGCCAACGGUGAAAGUAAAGCAUUGAAGAAAGAAGCGAGUUUCAUUUCUAAUAUUGUCUUCUUCUUCUUCUUCUUCUUUUUCUUCUUUCUUUCUUCUUCUUUGGUAUGUGUUAGGGUUUUCACUAUCACAUCCAUUGCGUAAACGCUUCGUUGAAUCCCUUAUUCAAGAUCUCAAUUCCUCCAUAGCUACGUUCUCUCUACCAAGCUAAAUCGCAACAAUUCAACAACACUUUCGCGAGAACUAUUGGGAGAACAAAACAAAAUGUCUAUGGCUGACGAACCACUGUAUCCGAUAGCUGUGCUUAUAGACGAGCUCAAAAACGAUGAUAUCCAACUGCGGUUGAACUCAAUUCGCAGGCUAUCCACCAUUGCACGUGCUCUUGGAGAGGAGCGAACCCGUAAGGAAUUAAUUCCAUUUUUAACUGAGAAUAAUGACGAUGAUGAUGAGGUACUUCUUGCAAUGGCGGAAGAGUUGGGAGUUUUCAUUCCUUAUGUUGGUGGAGUCGAACAUGCUAGUGUGUUGCUCCCACCUUUGGAGGCUUUUUGCAGUGUUGAGGAAACCUGUGUGAGGGAUAAAGCUGUUGAGUCACUUUGUCGAAUUGGAUCUCAAAUGAGGGAGAGUGAUUUAGUUGAAUAUUUUAUCCCAUUAGUGAAGAGAUUGGCAGCAGGUGAAUGGUUUACUGCCCGAGUCUCUGCAUGUGGUCUAUUCCAUAUUGCUUACCCUAGUGCACCAGAAGCAUCAAAGACGGAGUUGAGAUCAAUAUACAGUCAGUUAUGUCAGGAUGACAUGCCUAUGGUUAGAAGAUCUGCUGCGACAAAUCUUGGGAAAUUCGCUGCAACUGUUGAGUAUACUCAUUUGAAGGCUGACAUCAUGUCAAUUUUUGACGAUCUUACUCAAGAUGAUCAAGAUUCUGUCAGAUUAUUGGCUGUGGAGGGCUGUGCUGCUCUUGGAAAACUGUUGGAGCCACAAGAUUGUGUGGCACAUAUACUCCCAGUUAUAGUUAAUUUCUCCCAGGAUAAGUCUUGGCGUGUGCGUUACAUGGUUGCAAAUCAAUUGUAUGAGCUCUGUGAAGCUGUAGGCCCCGAACCUACCAGAGCUGAAUUGGUCCCUGCGUAUGUUCGAUUGCUUCGAGAUAAUGAGGCUGAGGUACGCAUAGCAGCUGCUGGGAAAGUGACCAAGUUUUGUCGGAUUUUAAGUCCAGAUCUUGCGAUUCAGCAUAUUCUUCCUUGUGUAAAGGAAUUGUCAUCAGACUCUUCACAGCAUGUCCGUUCUGCUCUGGCUUCAGUAAUAAUGGGAAUGGCUCCAGUGUUAGGAAAGGAAGCAACAAUAGAGCAGCUUCUUCCUAUUUUCCUAUCCCUUCUGAAGGAUGAAUUUCCUGAUGUGCGCCUAAACAUCAUCAGCAAGCUUGAUCAAGUGAAUCAGGUUAUUGGAAUCGAUCUGUUAUCUCAAUCUUUAUUACCAGCCAUUGUUGAGCUUGCGGAGGAUAGGCAUUGGAGAGUUCGGCUUGCAAUUAUAGAGUAUAUACCCUUAUUAGCAAGUCAAUUAGGGGUUGGAUUUUUUGACGACAAAUUGGGUGCUCUUUGCAUGCAGUGGUUACAGGAUAAGGUUCAUUCAAUUCGUGAAGCAGCUGCUAACAACUUGAAACGUCUAGCUGAAGAGUUUGGUCCAGAGUGGGCUAUGCAGCACAUCAUUCCUCAGGUUUUGGAGAUGAUUACUAAUCCACACUAUUUGUAUCGGAUGACCAUUCUUCGUGCUAUCUCCCUGCUAGCCCCUGUAAUGGGCUCUGAAGUCACUUGUUCAAAAUUGUUGCCUGCUGUUGUUGCAGCAUCAAAAGACAGAGUGCCCAACAUAAAGUUCAAUGUGGCAAAGGUGUUAGAGUCCAUCUUCCCCAUCGUCGACCAAUCUGUGGUAGAAAAGACGAUCCGACCAUGUCUGGUUGAGCUCGGUGAGGACCCUGAUGUUGACGUGCGAUUUUUUUCCAACCAAGCCUUGCAGGCAAUUGAUCAUGUCAUGAUGUCUAGCUAGACCAUAAUGUAAAUGUGUCCGUGUCACAUUUAGAUCGAUGACCUCGGCAAGGAUGCUAAUUUUUCAACUAUUAUAAACAAUGCUGUUAGUUAUGUUUAAUGCUGUCCAGUUAUAGCUAAAUGGUUUUUUGCGAGUAACUAGUCAUUGACAGAUGAUGUGAUUUAGUUCUGGUUUUGUACCAUUUUUACCAUGUUUUCUAUAAUUCUUUUCUUGAUUGUAUUUUGCAUAGGUUCUUUAUUAUUGUGAUCAUUUUUGUUC